GAAACUCAGCGACAAUCGCCUUACAGGCACGAUACCUGCUGUAAUCACCGCGCUCACUAAUCUCCUAAGCCUCCACCUUGACAGCAACCAGCUGGCGGGAGAGCUUCCCUCCUUCCACCACAUGGCCCGUCUCACCUCGCUAGAAGCGCAACACAACUACCUCACAGCCACAGCAGACCAACUCUUUCUCAACGCUCAAGGCGAAGACGACCCUGCCGAAUAUUACAGCAUGUGUCUGUUCCACCACAACUGCCUUGAAGACAACUCAUUGUUCUGCUACAGUGACCAGGCUCACAGGCGUGACAGCGAGUGCCGCGCGUUCUGUGGGGCGCAGCCGCUCACCCCGCCGUGCAGCGGCCAUGGCGUGUGCUCCUCCUUCGUGCCUGACCUCUCUCACGAAAUGACUGCCUGCUGUGUUGAGGAGUAUCAGACUCCGCCACCCUAUUAUCAACCCAAGGGCCAGUGCGACUGUGAUGAGGGGUACACGCCAGGGACUGCAGCUGGCACGUGCGUCCCUCACGUGCCUGUGCGCCUGCUCCACCAAUUCCCUUCUCCUCUCCACACAUCACCUCCUCCCACUCCUCCAGCUCUCCUUAUCCCCACUGCCAGCACCAAUCCUGUCCCCUGCUCGUUCCACAACCCACCCUGUGAACCACCAGAAACUUCAGCCAUGGGAGUGGCUCUGGCUCUUCUCCAGCAGCCUCAGAAUCGCUUGCUGCUGCUGGUGGUGCUUCCUCUGGCAGUGCUCCAGCUGGCCUUCGCAUUGCCACUGCUUCUGAGGCGCAUCAAGCACCGCCACCCCACACGCUACUUGUAA